AUGGACGCCGACCUGAUGUUGGCACUACAGCUGCAGGAGGAGUGGGACCUGCAGGCCGCGCGGCGAGAGCGCGCCCAGGAGCCGCUGUCGCUGGUGGACGCAUCCUGGGAGCUGGUGGACCCCACGCCGGACCUACAGGCCCUAUUCUUACAGUUCAACGACCGCUUCUUCUGGGGCCGGCUGGAGGCAGUGGAGGUCAAGUGGAGCAUGCGCAUGACCCUGUGUGCUGGAAUAUGCAGCUAUGAAGGGAGAGGUGGGAUGUGUUCCAUCCGACUCAGUGAACCGCUUUUAAAGUUGAGACCGAGAAAGGAUCUUGUAGAGACCCUCUUGCAUGAGAUGAUACAUGCUUAUUUGUUUGUCACAAAUAAUGACAAAGACCGGGAAGGACAUGGUCCAGAGUUCUGUAAACACAUGCAUCGCAUCAAUCGCCUGACUGGAGCCAAUAUCACAGUGUACCACACGUUCCAUGACGAGGUAGAUGAGUACCGCCGGCACUGGUGGCGCUGCAACGGCCCCUGCCAGUACCAGAAGCCCUUCUAUGGCUAUGUGAAGCGUGCCAUCAACCGGGCUCCCUCUGCCCAUGACUACUGGUGGGCUGAGCACCAGAGGACCUGCGGGGGCACCUAUGUGAAGAUAAAGGAGCCAGAGAACUACUCAAAAGGCAAAGGAAAGACCAGAGCAGGUGCUCACCCAGCGGCAGCAGAGAAUAAAGAUAAACGGAGUCAAGAUGAGAAGCAGCGGGUAAUCCCUUUUACCGGAAAAGGGUAUGUUCUGGGAGAAAGGAGCAGUGCACUUCCACCCAGGAAAUCCAUGUCCUCCAGCACCAUUAAUAAAGCGCAAGACCAUUCAGCAAAUGCAUUAAGAGAAAAUUCUAAAAUUGAGGUGAAAUUUGAACAAAGUGGCUCAAGUAAAAAACCUGUCAUUUCCAGUGUUCUCACUAACAGUUCUCAAAAUGUUCUAAGCAGCUACUUCCCACGAGUAUCUGUUGCCAACCAGAAGGCUGUCAGAAGUGUGAAUGGCUCCCCCACAAGUGACCUCCCCAAAUACUGGAUCCCCCCUGGUUCUCAGAGACAAGCAGUGUCUGUGAAGAGGCCCCUCGAGAGUUUUCUGCAGGCAGCGGAGCCAGCAGCUCUGACCAGGUCUCACGGUGUAUCUGCAUCUGGUGAGAAGCUCACAAGUAAGCGACCCAGACUGGAAGACAAGAGCGUGUUGGAUCACUUUUUUAUUAAGAAGCAGCGAGUGCACAGUGGUGGUCUUGAGCCCCAGUGUCGCCCACACCCUCCAUCGUCAGCUCAGGGUCCCAGCAAUCCACUCAGGCACAGCAGGAAGGUUGUCUGUCCUGUUUGUCAGGAAGAGGUUUUAGAGUCUCAAAUUAAUGAGCACUUGGACCGCUGCCUCGAAGGGGACAUCAUUGAAAUCAAAAGCUGA